GGAAGGGGCGAAAGAAAGGAGCCACCUUUGGCUCUCCUUUCCUCCUCGCUGUUUCGUCGCCACCAUCGCCCCGCUGUUGAAUCGGAGCUUCCAUUUUGGGGUUCCGGCAGCCGAGACCGUUCUUGGCCGGUCGGAACUCGCUCGAGGAGGUUUUGAGCUCGGUGCACUCGGGUUCGGUGUUGCUUCUGGACAGGAAGGAGUUCCUCCUCGGCGGAUCCCGGUGGCCCUCCGUCACGGAACCCUGCCUUUUUAAGUUGUUGCUACCGGUGCGUAGUUGGAGAACGAGUAGGAGGUUGUCUCGUCGCGGCUUUGGAGUUCGAGAUGGGGAAUUGCUGGGGUGGUCCGGUCAAGGCGGAGAGUACCUUCCGUAACCUUUUUACUUCAGGAGGCGUGUUUUCAUGCCUAGGGGUGAAUUCUAAAAGCCAGAGCAGAGAAGGAAAGAAGUUAAGUGGUUCCAGUAGCAAGGUGUCUGCAGCAUCUGUGCCUGCAACACCUCGAAGUGAGGAUGACAUCUUGCAGUCAGUGAACGUGAGGAGUUUUACCUUUAAUGAGCUGAAAACAGCCACCAGAAACUUCCGUCCAGACAGUGUGUUAGGAGAGGGAGGCUUUGGUUCGGUAUUCAAGGGAUGGAUUGAUGAGCACACAUUUGCUGCUGCCAAGCCCGGUACUGGUAUGGUUAUUGCUGUGAAGAAGCUUAACCAGGAAGGUGUUCAGGGUCACAGGGAAUGGUUGACGGAGGUAAAUUACCUUGGUCAACUAUCUCAUCCUCAUCUUGUAAAGCUCAUUGGAUACUGCCUGGAGGAUGAACAACGGCUUCUCGUGUACGAAUUCAUGCCUCGAGGGAGCUUGGAGAAUCAUCUCUUUAGAAGGAGUUCAUAUUUUCAACCACUCUCUUGGAACCUUCGCAUGAAGAUUGCUCUGGGAGCUGCAAAGGGGCUUGCUUUUCUACAUAGUGACAUGGCAAAAGUCAUAUAUCGUGAUUUUAAGACGUCUAAUGUGCUUCUAGAUUCUAAUUACGAUGCAAAGCUUUCAGAUUUUGGAUUGGCGAAAGAUGGUCCAACCGAUGACAAAAGUCAUGUCUCUACAAGGAUCAUGGGGACACAUGGAUAUGCUGCUCCUGAAUAUCUUGCAACAGGUCAUCUGACUACCAAAAGCGAUGUGUAUAGCUUUGGAGUUGUUCUGCUCGAGAUGUUGUCCGGCCGACGUGCCCUGGACAAGAACCGACCAACCGGAGAGCACAAUCUAGUGGAGUGGGCGAGGCCUUAUCUCGCCAGCAAGCGAAAGAUCUUCCGCGUCUUGGAUGCACGACUGGAAAGGCAGUACUCGCCGGUCGGAGCACAGAAGGCUGCUGUUCUCUCAUUCCAGUGCCUAUCGCUAGAAGCGAGCUACAGGCCAACCAUGGAUCAAGUGGUGGCUGCGUUAGAAGAGCUUCAGAAUGCUACGGACAUCGGGAUGAGCCCUCGGAAUGAACAGAAGUCGAAUGGCCAAAGCAUCAGUAGCUAUCCACGUAAGUCGAAUCAAAGAAGAAGUUCGGAAGAACAGCUCCACAGAAAGGCUACUCGUGCAACCGAGUGAGGAGAAGAAUAGAUGUUGCUUUCUGAUGUCAGUAGUAGAGCAAAACCGGGGAAUAUUUAUAGAAUAUAUGUAUAAUCUGAACUUUUUGACUGUGUAUAGAGCUAUUAUUACUCUGAGAAAAAUAAAAGAAAAUCCUUUUAUUCGAAAAAAA